UCACUGAUCCAACGUUGUAAAAAUCUGCGUACGAUUUUAUACCUACCAAGCACUGAAUAUUUCUUUUUUAUAUUAAAAAAAAGAAGCUUGGAGCUUGGACUGCAUAUUUUAUUUCAAUUAAUUUAUUCAAUUGGAAAAAGUACAGAAUCUAUAAAUGUCAAACUACGAUUCAAUAGAAGUGGAAGAAAUACAACGUCCUGAUCCUUUAACUGAAGCACCUUUGUUGUCAUUGAAUUUUGUCAUGUGCCCUCAUCAUCAUUGCCAAUGUGCCAGUUCAUACAACUGCUGUUCAAGAUCUCUUACUACAUCAAAUUGUCAAAUUUUCUAUCCUCCUCUUCCUUCGUCUUACUCAUAUUCUUCAAGUUCAGUUCCUGCUCCUACAAUUGUAAUUAAUAGUCCAAUAAUUGUGGUUAAUUCUCCACCACCUUCGUAUUCUGCUCCUUAUCACUAUGAAAAUAGAAGACGCCCAUGGUAUGUACAAGAACAAAUACGUAGAAACAGACAAAGAAGGGAAAAUAGAAGAAGACAAGCACUUAUAAGAGAUAUUUCGAGAGAAGUAGAAGAAAUGCUUGAUAGUUUCUUUGAGAGGGAAAAUGUUAGAUGGAGAGGAAGAUGGUAAACAAUAUUCAAGACGACUACAAACUUUCCUAGCUCACUCGUCUUAUUUUUUUUUCUUUUUAAUGAUUUUUUUUAAAUUAUCUUUUUCAUUAGUUGCUUUAUAUUAUUUUACAUUUUAACUGCUAAGAGUUUCUUAAAUUUUAAUUUACUUUAAUUUCCUUUUAUUUCAAUUAAAGUAAUUAAAAUAAUUUAAUAUAAAUUAAUUUACAUAUAUUUAAAAAAAAGACUUAUUUUUUCUUUUUUUUAUAGUUACGAAAAUACUAUUAUAAUUAUAAUAUGUAUAAAAAUGAAAAAAGACCUUAAAACAAAAUUUACAAUAUAAAAUAGUAAAAAAAAAAAUUUAUAUUUAUUAGCAAUUAACUAAAAAAGCUCUUGUAAUGUUGGGAGAAAAAUUUAACGGUCUAAUAGACCGGGAAGAGCAACAAAUGGUAUUUUUUAGUAUUUAGCAGUUUAUAUGGUAAAAUUGUCUUGAUUAUAACUAAAAUCGA